CCUAUUGGAGACCACUUAGAUAUUGAAGCGGACUGGACGGCUGGAUUCAGGAAGCCAUGAAUCAUGUCAUCAGAAACGAGCUGCAGACUUUAAACUCCGUUCAGCAUGUGGAAGCGGCAGAGAAAUGACCUGUCCAGACAAGCCGGGGCAGCUCAUAAACUGGUUUGUCUGCUCCCUCUGCGUCCCUCCAGUGUGUAAACUCUGGAGCAGCCGGCGUCCCAGGACCAGACGGAACCUCUUGCUGGGCACUGCCUGUGCCAUCUACCUGGGUUUCCUGGUGAGCCAGGUUGGCAGGGCCUCCUUCCAUCAUGGGCAGGCCACUGACAGAGGCCCAUCCCACAGCCGCGACAUCUCCAAAGUAUCCUUCCCUGAGAUCCCCCUGGAUGGUACCCUGGCCCCUCCAGAUUCGCAGGGCAAUGGGAGCACACUGCAGCCCAACGUGGUGUACAUUACCCUACGCUCCAAGCGCAGCAAGCCUGCCAAUAUCCGUGGCACGGUGAAACCCAAGCGCAGGAAGAAGUAUGCCUUGGCAUCUCUAGCCCCUGGUCAGGAGCCGCUGGUUAAACCAUCCUUUAUCCUGCAGGAAGUUGCACCGGCAGCAGAUGCUGAAGUACCUGGCUAUGAUCAGGGCUCCCUGACUAAGGUUGGAGAACGACCCUGGAGGGUGCUGCGUGGUCCUGGGAUCAGAACUGGGGUUUCAAACUUGCGGCAGCCUAGGGCGCGAGAGAGCAACAUUAGGAUUUACAGCGAGAGCGCCCCCACAUGGCUGAGCAAAGAAGACAUCCGCAGAAUGCGCCUGCUGGCUGAUGGUGAGGUGGCGAGCAUCCUCCCAGCAGUUUCGAAGAGUGGUGCCCGCUUGCUGGUGUUGGAAGGGAGCACCUCAGGCUCUGUGCCUGGCUGCGGGCCUAGCCCCUGUGGGCUACUCAAGCAGCCCCUGGACAUGAGUGAAGUGUUUGCCUUCCACCUGGACAGGAUUCUGGGUCUCAAUAGGACCCUGCCAUCUGUGAGUAGGAAACCAGAGUUCAUCCAAGAUGGCCUUCCUCGCCCUUUCAUUCUCUGGGACUCAUCUCUAACAUCAGUGAGCAAUGAUAGCCAUUCUUCUGUUAAGAUCACCUGGGGAACUUAUCAGCAGUUGCUAAAACAGAAGUGCUGGCUGAAUGGCCGGGUUCCCAGACCUGAGUGGGGCUGCUCCGAAGUCCAUCACCACGAGUGGUCCAAAAUGGCUCUCUUCGAUUUUUUGUUACAGAUUUAUAAUCGCUUAGACACAAAUUGCUGUGGAUUCAGACCUCGCAAGGAAGAUGCCUGUAUGCAGAAUGGACUGAGGCCAAACUGUGACGACCAGAAUUCUGUGACUUUAGCACACAUUGUCCAGCGAAAGAAUGACCCAAAGCAUUUGGUCUUCAUAAACAAUAAGGGCUUCUUUGACAGAAGCGAAGACAACUUAAACUUCAAACUGCUAGAAGGCAUCCGAGAGUUUCCAGACUCUGCCGUUUCUGUUUUGAAGAGCCAGCACUUACGCCAGAAGCUCCUUCAGUCUCUCUUCCUUGAUAAGGUUUACUGGGAGAGUCAAGGAGGAAGGCUAGGCAUCGAGAAGCUCAUUGAUGUGGUGGAGCAGAGAGCCAGAAUCCUUGUCACCUACAUCAAUGCGCAUGGCAUCAAAGUAUUGCCUAUGAACGAAUGACGAAGGGCUUUCUGCCUCGAAGGCUGUACAUGUGUGACUUUUGGGUUUUCUUAAAUACAGCACAUCAACCAUAAGUGUUUCUAGGAGGGAGGCCGCAUAGCUAAUACAAAACUGACCCAGUAUAUAUCAUAAACCAAGUUAAAAAGAAGUUUGCAGAGUUGAAAGAUAUGCAUAUUCAAGAAGUAUGGGAAUAGCAUAUUGCUUGCAAAAUGCCUGAUGGUAUUUUUUGCCUAACACUCUGGCACGUGUCUCAGCCUUGUUAUUACACAACAGCCCCAAUUAUUAUUCCCACUAAUCUUUAAACCAUUGUCAUGCCAUUUGAUGGAGCAAUAUCAACCAGAGGCACUGACUCUUCUCAUAAACCAUUCUCAUGCUGUUUGACUAAUCUGACCAGCUCCCAGCAGAGAGUUUAUUGACAUUAUCCUGAUGAUGAUUUUACAACCAUUUUCCUAACCCUAUCCAGAAGCAAUUCUAUAUUGGGAAACUGGGACAUGUGGGCUGUGAGGGCAGCAGAGUCUUGAAACAUUUUCUAAGCAGACAUGGUAGUAGAUUCAUUCGCAAAGCAGCAGUGUGUUUCCUAUAUAAUCAGGUCUCUCCGAUCAACCAAAAUCUCAUACCCAUUCCUUUUAAGAAACCAACCAUCAGCAUAGAAAUAUCUGUAUGUAACAAUGGCUAUAUUAGUUCACUUUACUUUCUUAAUUUUGAUUCAAUUUAUGUCUGGUGGUUAGAAAACUAAACCGCUAUAAGGCAUGAUGUUACCUACUUGAAAACUUAUUUUGUAGCUUCUCUUAAUGAUCUUAUAGGUUGGUUGGUU